CUGAACCUGCCAUGUGGAAGUGAGUGGCUCUCCCUCCUCCUAUCUGUUCAUUCCGUCAUUGACGACAGUUUGGAAAACUUGUGCGCAUUCGACUUGAGGUUUUCAUCGUGAGGCAUCUGCAAAGAAAUCUAAAACAGAAUUAUCGAUGAAAUACUCCAGGAAUCACAUACGACCAGGUUUUUGCAAUGAGAACAUCAAAGUCUCUAGAUAGAGAAGAAAAUGGAUGACAUGGAUUUUCGACUGAAGAAAUUCCUAUCCUUGGAUGAGGAAGAGAAAAGGGACAUUGAGGAAGUGGUCAACCUGUGUAGCCCGAACCUCACGAACGUCCCCUUUGGGGAGCGGUUGUCAGUUGCGUGCGAUUUCUGUGAUCGUGAACAAGACGUUUUACGUUUGUGGAGCAGCGAAAUUUGUGAUUCUCCGCCCAACUAUGGCUUUGACGUUACAAUUUACGUCAUGUACUUGUUAAUCUUGAUCAUUGCCAUCACUGGAAACUCCAUCGUCGUGUAUGUGGUCGGAUCAUCCAUCAAAAUGAGAACGGUUACUAAUUACUUCAUCGCAAACUUGGCUGUAGGAGACCUGUGUAUGGCUAUAUUCUGCCUGCCCUUCUCCUUUCUCAGUACCCUCAUCCUCAAGUACUGGCCUUUCGGAAGCCAUCUUUGUGUCACCGUCAACUAUCUACAGGCGGUGUCGGUAUUUGUUUCCGCUUUUACACUGGUGGCUAUCAGCCUGGAUCGCUAUCUAGCCAUUAUAUACCCUCUGCGACCUCGCAUGACCCGCUUCCAAGCCAAGGUCAUCAUCAGUGGCGUGUGGGCGUUUUCGCUCCUAACGACUCUCCCGAUUGUCAUCUACUCCAAGCUGAUGAUGCCGGGCGUGAAUUUCUACCGCUACUUCGGAAGGGAAGUUUGCACGGAGGACUGGAGUUCGAAUCCGUCGUCAGGUGCGGCCUACAGCGUGGCCCUCAUGGUCUUGCAGUACUUCCUGCCCCUGGCAGUACUGGUCUUCACGUACUCGAGGAUUGCUGCCGUCGUCUGGGGCAAGACGCAUCUGGGAGAAACGCCUGCCAGGGCGAACAGGGUCGCCAGGAGUAAGAAAAAGACUAUUAAAAUGAUGGUGACAGUUGUACUGGUCUACACCCUGUGUUGGCUGCCUUUCAACACGUUAAUGGUCAUCCGUGGUAUCCUUGACAUAGACAACUGGCCCCACAUGCUGUACGUGUGGGCCUUCUUCCACUGGCUGGCCAUGUCACACACCUGUUACAACCCGCUGAUCCUUUUCUGGAUGAACACCAAGUUCCGUCUGGGCUUCUACUGCGUCGCGCACAAGCUCCCCUGCUUCAGGAGUCUCGUGGACGGCUUCGUUUCCAAGCUCCACGAGUCUGAGUCGCUUCGAGUGAACACGUCCAACACUCCAGAUGGUUCGUGCUCUCCUCAGGUGGACACUUCCCUCAAGGACGACAACGUCUUUUUCAAGGGCCACAAGACGUCGCAGAAAAAUAAGAGUCUGCCUCCUUACAAUUACAAGAGGAGUUCUAAGGCCUUUGGUGAAACAAACCAAUAAAUUACUUUGAAAAGGACCUCUGCAUUGUUUUGUAUUUGUGUCUAAGCUAAAGAGCCAAUGUUCUUUAGAAGGACUGACGCGUGAAGCGAAAUUGAAGGAAGUCAUUGCAGUCAGUUAAGAAGAAGAGAAGGGAAAUACGUCAAACGUCAAGUUAGAAUUCAUAUUAUAUUUCACAUAAUGGAAGGCCGGUAUGAGGCCGGGAAGAGGAGAGAGUAACUGGUGAAUUGAAGCAUCAGGUAACUUCUUAAUUGACGUUUGUAUACUCAACAUUUUAGCUAGAAUAAACGUUGCUUUGAAAAUGGAUGGUAGUGAAUGUGAGGAUAGAAUUGGGAGGUCUUAAUAAGCUUUUGUUUAAUUGUAGAUCAGCAUUUCGAGAGCGACCAGACGCACCCAAAAGUCUAAGAUAAACUUCUGUGUGGGAAAGAGAAUCUAAAUAAUGGAUUAUUUUUUUAAGAACGAAAACGAUAUCCUAUCCCAGUUCAGAGUACAAUAGAUUAGUUUUGGAACUCUUCUCAUAGCUAAUGUUCGAGGCUUUUGCAGGUAAUCUAUACUUAUUUAUUUUUGUUUUGUAAUGAUUUUCAGCAUAGAACAUUAUGCAAUAAGUUAUCGCAAACUUGGCGUAAUUUAUCUUGGUCCAGUUCAAGAGGAGCUAUGAAUGUUCUCGGUACUAAAUUUGUAUAUUUAUAAAACCACGGACUGUGAAAAAAGGGGAAAAAAUUAUGGUUGAAUAUAUUCUUUUGUUUUGUGAUGCAAAAUGUUAACAUUUCUCCCUGCAUCCUGUAAGUGGUCUUUCCUGAGAAUACUUAUCUUAUAGGCAGCGUAUACACGGUGAUAUUCUUGUUGCAUUAUUCCGACUCGUGAUUUGCGAAAUGAAAUUACUGCCAGCCUUAGCAGAAAUCUGAACUGUAUGAAAAGUGUCGAAGUCAGCUAGGUUUGUCACUUAAACCCCGCAAAUUGAAUAUUUCAUCGAUAAACUGAUCUUGCAAAUCUCGUGAAUUAUUGACUGUAGUUAGUAAUGCCUUUAACUCGAAUAUUUCUUUUUCGCAUCGUUUAGAUAAUGUCCCUUAAUGCAGCAAAAUAACCAGGUAUGGUUAGUAAGCGGUAAGGCUUCAUAUAUCUACAGACAAUGUUAAUCAUGCCACAUACUUCGCAUCCCUCGUUCAACAGUCAUUGGAAUGCUGUUUCUUUUUCUGGUUGUCAGCAGCCUCACUGGAUCUUGAUCUUUGAGUCGAGAAUGCUUGCAGUGGUGACCUCCUUUGUCCUGUCAGUGGCUAGGAGCCUUGUGGCUAUCGGAAAGUUAUAUUAGAUUGUCUUCGGUAACUUUCAUCUCGACAAGGAACUUCGAUUAGGCAUCAGCACGCUUUUAGUUCUCUGUCAAAGAAGAUUCUUGAGAUGGCUUUUUGCCUGUCCGUUCGCACUUUUUCUGUCCGCCCUCACAUCUUAGAAAUGACUGAGGCUAGUGGGUUGGUAAUUGUGUGUUGAUCAUCCACUCUCCAAUCAUCAAACAGACCAAAUUGCAACCCUUUAACCUCGGUAGUUUUUGAUUUAUUUAAGGUUAAAGUUACCCAUGAUCGUGCGUCUGGCAGUGCUAUAGGUGCCAAAAACACAGGCUGAUAUUUUCAUGGGCCGCGGAAGAGAGUUCUGUACACCUUUAUACGCAUUACAGAAAGCUUAAUUGCGCCGAAGAAACUUCGGCAUUUUUUACCGUUUCUGUCGAGUUUCCACGUUGUCACAUUCAGCUGUUGUCCAUCAGAGGGUGUUAUUGAUGCUGACGAUUCUUAAUUAAGUUGACAGGGAGGUUAAUUUUUAACUGAAAUGCUCAUGUUGUCAUUUUUGUUCCAACUUAUUCUCUGUAUAUGACGCGUAUAGAUCAAAGUAUGCUCAUUUGUCUUUUAUUUAAGCAUUUUCAAAUGUGUUUUCUCUAUCUUUCACGUUGGACAUUCUUUGCUAUGGUGGAUAUCUUUGCAAGUAGCCUGUCAGACUUGUUCUAUAUCAGUGUUUGUGGUUUCGAAUAUGAUGAUAAUAAUAGUAGUUGUAGAAGUAGCAGUAGUAGUAGCAGCAUUUGUAAACUAAACCUGGACAGAGGCUGAGCAACCUCCUCCUCUUCCUCCUCCCUCCCCGAUUCCUUCGCAAAAUUCUCGUUCUUAUCCCUGAAAAGCCAGUCACUUGGCAAAGUAAUCGUUCAAUCCACACAGCGUUUUGCGUAAUCCUGGUGAUAAACAAACAAACAAACCGAGCAACCAUAUCUUUCUUAAUGGAAGUAAUAAUUAUGAUGAUGAUGAUGUAUGUGACAAUUUCGUUAAGGUCGAUUGCUUUCCGUUUGCAAAGAAAGUGCGAUGUUUAAUGACGUGUUUUCUGUAUCAUUAUGGAAGUGAAUUUCAAAUCUUUUAUUCCAUACACUGUUCCCUUCAAUGUCAGCAUUGAAUGACUGUAGUUAUGAUGUCAAGUAGUGCAAUCCAUACGGUGAAUAGGCAAAUCCAUCCAGUAAUCUUAGGUUCCAGCGGGAUGUCUCUUUCUUGGGGUCGUGUUCAUAUGAUUUGGUGUUUGAAUAUUUGUAGCCCAACCUUCCAUGUUUAGGUAACAUAUAUAAUUAGCCCUCUCAUUGCAAUUGUGGUAUAUUUCCACCUUUCAGCACUUGUUUCGACAAGAUGUUUUAAUAUCUCAAUUAUCUGUGGAAUAAAGGCGUGUACCAUAAAUACCUAUUUCUAUUAUAC